CACAUCUGGUAAAAAGUUUGGCUCAUUAUGCUCAUCUGUGGUAGUGUGUGUUAGCAAUAUUCUCCUCGUGCUGUUUAAGUUGUAGCUGAAUAGGUUAUUAAUGAAAGGUUCAGAGUUGAUAUGAGACGCACUUCUUUGUUAAAGACAAGCGAAGCUUUUUUCGAAGUUGACACUGACUAUCAAGGUCGCAGUUGUAAAUGAGAACUUGUUCAUAACUGGCCUACCUGGUUAAAUAAAGGUUUAGGAGACUCUUCAUCUACACUCUGAUGCAUUUGUGACUUCAUCAACGGUGAGACUGCUUAAUCUUUCGGUUAGUCGUCCUCCCUUGUCAACUGUGUUGCUGUUGCCCUGUGUUCCACACCAUGGCACGCCACAGUAAGCUGCAAAAACAGGUGUUGUCUCUGUACCGGCAGUUCCUGCGUGCUGGCCAGGACAAGCCAGGCUUUCUACCCAGGAUCCGGGAUGAGUUCCGAGAGAACUCCAGCAUCAAGAAGACUGAUGUCAUGCACAUAGAAUAUCUUUACCGGCGCGGACAGAGACAGCUAGACCAGCUGAAAGAUGUGAACACAAAGCAACUAGGAACUUUCUCCAAACCUAAGGCAGAGAGAUAACCAACUCUAUUUCCGUCUCCACACCCUCUGUUGUAGCUACCUCUAGUUAUGUGGAUAAUGCACCGUUAUCCAUUGUGUUACAUUCAUCAUUCACUAGUCAGAUUACUACUUUCAAUCUGCAGCUGAGUAAGUACAGUCAUUGUCCUAAGCAAUGGCCAUUGUUCUGAACUGUAUGACAGUACCAAUGCACUGUGCUCUUUCAUAGAGCUGUAUACCACUGAUGAUGAUGAUAAAUGUUUAAGUCAAUCUCUGGCCAGUGAGUUUGUUGGGUUGAGCAGACCAGUUGCUCUGGUCAUUGUUGUAAAAUACUUACUUUCAUCUAGCUACAUUUACCUGUUGAGUGUUUUGGAUUAAAGACUUUUAUCAUCAGUAUGGGAAGUGAAUUUGACUAUUAUGUAAAAGGUCUAGUUAAUACUAUUAUAUGCUUCCGUGUCACAGGAGAUCAAGUUAUGGAAUCUUAGAUUUUUAUAAUACUUUAAAAAAUCAAAUGGUGUACUCUUACUGCAUUGUUAGGUCGUAACAUACACAUUUUUCUGGACCAGCUAUAACUUCUAAUAAACUGUGUAUGCGACCAAUAAACUUUGAUUUGAUUUAAUGCUCAUGAAAUAUACAGUCAAUUAGAAAUGCCUGAGUAAUUUAGACACUGCCAGUCAGCAACAGACAGUAGACAAAUCUAAUGGUCCAAUCCCAAAUUGACCCCUUGACCCUACACCCUAUCAGAGAGGAAUAGGUGAAGCAAGAGGGUUAUUUCUCGCCAAAAUCUGUCCAAAAUAGAUUUCAAAUAGAGCCAUGACUACAUGGAUCUCUGCCACCCCAGGUAACUCAAGCCAGCAAUAAAACCAAUUUCAAAAAACAGAUAAAAGAAUACCUUACUGCACAAAGGGGACUGUGAAGAGACACAUACAUUUUAUAUACUGUAUAAUGUAUUGUAAUUUGCACUGUACUAUUAGACCUAUAUAUUGUGUGUAUGUACUGAUUAUGUAUGUUGGCCAUGUACCCCUGACUGCAAUGUGCAGUUUGGGGUGAGGCUCAAUGUGGGCGGAGUCAAACAUUUGACCCCGCCCACUGUAUUUUUUUUAUGUCCUCCACAGGUUUGACAGUCACACACGUUUGUGCAAGGAACACGUUGAAUACAAACAUAUUUCCUUUUUGAAGAUCGUAAGAAAUAUUAUAUAAAGUGGUACCAGCACAUAUGUUGAAACACUUUUUGCUUCAUGCUAUAUUUGAGACAAGCUACUGAUAUUGUUGCGGUGAACAACAGACUUGUUAUGUAUGUCAUGUACUGUUAAAAUUGUGUUGAUAAAUGUUAUAACUUUGUAAUUAUAUUAUUAAAUUGAGAAUAAAUAUGCAGUUACUAGCUAUCCUGA